AGCAGAAGAAGAACUCUCUCAUCAUCACGCAUGGUAUUUCUCUGCGUACGUUCACCUCGCCUUCAUUUCCGUAAAGUAACAUGAGUUUCACAAGAAAAGCUAACUGCUAAGUUUUCACGCGAUAUUUCCCUCACGAACUGAACAAAAUGACGGACUCAGAUUCUGACUCUGGGGGCGAAUGGGAGAAAGAAAAAUGUCAAAAGUAUUUGGCCAGAGAUUCUGUUGCCACCUUUCGUAUAUCAGAGGAGGUUUUUAAAAAUUGGCUCAAAAUUCCUACCACCACCAAAAGAGAAGCUACGCAGCGAAUGAAAGUUUGUUCCUUCUGGCUUCCCAUACUGCUACAGGGAGAUGACUCCAUCACUGCUUCAUGGGCGAUAGAAAUCGGGUUAAUCAGCUCAAAGAGCACUGAGGACCUAAAGUUGAAGCAUCUGCGCAAGAUAGAAGUAGUGGAAACAAUUCUUCUUUUCUUGGAGAAAGGAACUAUGAAAAAGGAAUCUACUCGGCAUGUUCUGUCAUUAAGCAACAUGUUUAAUCUGCGUUCUACAGAGGUGUAUGAAAACGCGUUACGCUGGUUAGAAAUGGCAGGAGAUUGCAACGUACGGAUGCGGCUGAAGGAACUCGGCAGCCCGCACACCUGCUUCACAGCCCUCCACUUUAUCUUCACACAGUUUGCUAAGUUUAUUCAAGAACUGUGUGGAAACUUUGAGCAGACGCUGAAGACGCUGCUGGCUCGUCCCAAUGGCCUUAUUGUCGAGAGAUGUGAGGAAAUGAAGAAGAAAGGAAACGAGAACUUUCAGAAACAUAACUAUGAAGAUGCACUUGAGUUCUACUCCAAAGCCAUCACACUUUACCCUGACAACCACAUCCUUUAUGGAAACAGAGCCCUGUGCUACAUUCGCUGUCAGAAGUACCUAAAAGCAGUUUGUGAUGGAAAACGAGCCAUUCUUAUUGAACCUCGCUGGGCAAAGGGUCAUUAUCGAUUUUGCGAGGCUUUAUUUUACCUCGGGGAGUACCAGUUAGCUCUUCAAGCAAACUCUUCAGCCAAACUACUUUGUAAGGGCGACCCAGAUGGACUCAAAGAUCUGAACCAGCAGUGCUGUAAAUUCACAGCUGAAUUUCAGCAGCGCAAAGGUUCUCAACCAAAGAAAACUCCAGGUUUUAAAGGAGGCGUCAUGGCCAAACAGUCGCAAACUCCCAAAACCGCCAGUAAAGCUGGUUUAGCAACAAACAAGGCUGCAAAGGUCACAGAGGUAAAAAUGGACAGGAAAACAGUAAAAAAUGAAAAAUCUGCAGAAUCAGAGAGCAACAUUAAAGACUCUAAGGUUUCACAAAGUGCGGCGACAGAAUCAAAUGUUUCUGCAAAAAAGGAGCCUAGCAGAUCUUCAAAGGAUAAGAACCCAGAUAUGUCCAGCAGAGGCAAAGACGCGUGUAAAGAGUUGAAAUCGUUGGUGGAAGACGGGCACACGGCGCUGUACGACCUCCGCAGUCGCAAUGCAGAGCAGGCCUUCAGCAAAGCUCUGACGCUGGUGGAGACGAUAACACCUGAGGAGCUGGGACUUUCUACUCUGGAUGUCUUGCUGUUACUUUUCGGUCAUGCUUUGGCUCUGACAGAAAUUGGACAGAUUGAGGAACUGGGACAAGCAGAGAAACUCCUGGAGAAAAUCAAAGAGUAUGAAGUUUGGGUGUUUCAGAGUUUGGUUUUCUACGCCACCGGCAGGGUAUAUCUGAGGGAAAACAGGUUUGCUGUGGCACUGCAGCAGUUUCUAGAUUCUUUGCAGAUGGUGAAGAAUCAAAUAACUCCAGGUAAACUCACCUGGCCUUUAACAAAAGAAGUCGUCAGAGAAACCGAGCCAGAACAGUUCAAGGAAAUUCUGGAGAGCGCUAUAGAUUUGUGUAAAUAUCCUCCUGCGCCUGACGCCAUUUGCCGCCUCGACAAGUGCUUGUUCCCUCUGAAAGCAGAAAUCUACUUCACAGAUCCAGAUUUUAAGGGCUUUAUUCGGUUAUGCUGCUGUCAAAAGUGCAGCGUUGAAUUCCACAUCACUUGUUGGAAGACUGUGAAGACAUCCGUUUUUUCUGACAAGAACGAAAAGGAUAUUUUGCAUGAUGCCUGUUUGACACCGGAUUGCAUGGGUCAAAUCGUUUGUAUCAAAAUCUUUGGUCCGACGGGCCUGGUGAAAUGUAAGUUUGAAGCUACAAUUGUCAAACCGCAGAAGUCGAAGAAGCCUAAAGUGAAUCAGAAAUGUACAAGCCCAAAGAAAUUAAAAUCAAAAGAAGAUCGUAAACUAAAGAGGAAGCAGCUUAGAAGAUCGUUUCAGGAUAAUCAGCCCAUUGGCAACGAGAUUUUGCAACAAGAAGAAGUUUCUGAGACCCAGAGUUUGCAGAAAGCUUGGGUUUUGUACAGAGAUCGGAUUCUCCUACAGAUCAGUCAGAACAAGGUUCUUCUGGAGAACGAGAAAAACGUCCGGAUUUCUGCUCUGAUCUACUGCCUGAAACCCUGGCUGGAGCGGGACUUUCUCAGGGGAAACCAAAUCGCUUUGAGUCUUUUAAACUGUGAAGAGGGGACUUUAGGUCAAGCUGUUGAGCUCCUGCUGGAGAGGAAACACCGGGUUUGGGCCCGAAUCUUUAUUCAACAACUUAGUAAUUGCGUGGAUAUAAAUCCAAAACUCAGCGGUUGGGCAUGUCGGCUAAAUGAAGCAGGUCUGAACGCUUCCAGGACUUUCAUUGAACGUUAUUCAGGGCAGCUGGAGCAGCUGGACUUGUCUCCUCUUCUCAAAUUUGAACCUUUGCAGAAUAUAAUUAUAGAAAAACUUGGCGCUCAGCUGGAGCUUUUCUCGAGCAUCGACUUAAGUGUGACUGAUUACUUAAAGCAGGCCCCGCCGGAUGUCGCCAGGCUCUUUAUCUGGACUCUGGAGGAGUUUAGAGAGGACUAUGACCCCUUCCACGCUAUCCUGGAUGAAUAUUUUGAUAUGAUGGAUGGACAUUGCUCGGUCUUUAAAAAGUCAGAUGAAAAUAAUUCUCCUGUCAGGGCUAAAAAUCGAGGUCGAAAAAAGAAGAAAGAGCCAAAGGGCCUAAAAGUUUUUUCUGCAAUGAAUGGGGUAGAGCCGGACCAAGUCUUUUUUGAUGACGACUCUUUAUCAUUCCUCCACCCUGCUGACUCCUUCAGCGUCCCCAGCCACCUCAGGGAGCAGGUGGCUGAGUUUGAGGAGCAGUACAACAGCACCAACCGCGCGGGUCGCUGUAAAUGGGCUUUGGACAACAAUCCGGACCCGGCACAGGAAAGCAUGUUUGAUUAUUUUGCUCAGAUCUUGGAGGAGCACGGCCCCCUCAUGGCAGACGACCCUCUGCUGGUGGGAGAGCUGGAGCACUUCCCUGCCGUGGCGAGGCAGAGGAUCGAAGAGGCGGGCGGCUUUGAGGCGUUCCUCUUGGAGUCCCUUCGCUUCGUGAAGGUGGGCCGGUGCGUGGGCCUGGCCAAGCACUCGGUCUCGCUGCAGGAGGCCGGACAGGCGGCCAGCCUGGACGACCUGGACGACAUCGCCGAUUCUGACCUGAACUUUUCAAACUUUGAUUUGGACGACAUCACGGGAAAUGGUUUCCACCUGGAUAAUUAUACCUUACAGAACCCCUACCUUCAGAACCCGUACGCGUUUCCCCCCCAGUCCUCGGGAUCGGACUUUCUCCCCCACUGGAGGGAGGGAGACUUUGAGAUGCUUCCUCACUUUCAGCCUAACGGUUAUGAGGAGCUCGACCUCGACACCUUCGAUUAUUCUGCUUUUGAAACGAAGUCGGCGCCGGCCGGAGUUCCUCCUGUGGAGAGUGAAAGUUCCUUAGAAAAAGUUCCUCAGAAACAUGCGGCAGUGCAGACGCUGCAGGAGCCCACGAGCAGUGUCGCUGUGAACACGGAGCUUCAUGAGCGCUUCGAGACCAGCCCGGGCGACAUCAAUAAAACGGAGAAACACAACGCUCAACUACAGCAGCAGAUCUUGGAUUUAACGAAUACUCUUAAAGUCAAACCAAUAAACCAGGAAGACAUUAUUUCAUGUGAGCAGGAAAUUAAGAAAAUUACGACCAAUAUUCAGGUGACCCACAAAGAGCUGGCAAUGUUCCAGCAGAAGCUGGAGGAGGAUUUGAAGAAAGAUCAGAACGAGAAGAAGGCCAACCAGGAGACUCUGAAGGCUCUGAAGGUCGAGAAAGAGCAGCUGCUGGAGGAACAAGUCAGAUUUACCAAGCGGGUUGAGGAGAACAAAAAAACUUAUGACACCAAACUGAGGGAAUUCCUGGAUUUGAGCAAUCAGUCCGCAGCAAAGAAGACGAGUCUGGAAGAUGAGAUCAAGCGGUACCAAACCCUGCUCACCUCAGCCACUCGGAGGUCUCACACAGCUCAGCUGUUUUUGCUUGAAAGCAGCAGAGACCAGAAGCUGAACGGACUCCACAGAGAGCUGGCGGACAACAAGACUCUGCUGUCUAAGCUAGACGAGGUCAUUCACAGAUUCCCAAACAAAGGUCUGGAGGUCAUCAGGGAGGACUGCAAAGUGAACAUCAUAGAGGUGGAGAAGAAGAUUUCUGCUGCCGAGAAACUGUUCCGGGAGCUGAUGGAUCAGCAGAAGAGCAGAAGAGCCGAGAAGCUGCAGAACAACAUCAGCAACCAGAGCGAAGCUACAGGUCCAUCAGCAAAUCUACUCUCUGCAGCAGCCAGAGAAUUUGUCCCUCAGGCGUCGGCUCCACCCUCCCGCGGCACGCCCACCUCCACCCAGAACUCCACUGCUGCGUCUGAGGCCGCAGCCCCCCUGUCGAAGAAAAAACUCCCCAACAGGAAGUGUGAUCCUCCACACACCACCGUGUUUGAGAAAGCCAUGGACAGCCUGACCUCCAUGUUCCCAGACUACUCCAGGCUGGACUUGGUGAGGUUCAUCCAGGAGCUGCGAACAACCAGAGGUGGGAUGUUGAGCAAUAUGUCUCUGCAGGACAUGGUUAGUGGGGUGACCCAGCUGAUCCUGGACCACCAGGAAAAGCUCAGCGCUGCCAAGGCGAAUGCUGUUGGUCGUGGAAGUCCGGCUCACACGCCCCCUUUGCUGGCCAACUCCACGGUCUGGCAGCCGGUCAGCUCGCAGAGACCUCCCGGUUCUAAAGCACUGAACGUCGAGGAUCCGUGCAUCAUCUGCCACGAGGACAUGAACCCGGAUGAAACGGCGGUGCUGGAGUGCAGACACAGCUUCCACACAGAGUGCAUCAAGUCUUGGCUGAAGGAGCAGAGGACGUGUCCCACCUGCAGGACCCACGCUCUGCUGACCGAUGACUUCCCCAAGCUGCCCGGCAGAAGACACCUCGCCUCAUAAAAGUCUUCACUUUCUUCAUUUCCUUCUCUUCUUUUUUAAAUCAUGGACAUGUUGGUUUGUUUGCAGAUGCCCCAAAGGGCACAAAUUAAGAGUUGAGCUUCAUUUAUGUUAUGACUGUUAAAAAUCUUAACCCAAAUUUGUAAAACAUUGUGAUUUUAGUGCAGCUUCUGCUGGAAAAAAAAUUUUAUUGGAUAACAUUAGAUUUUGUUUUAUUUGUUUUACUUUCUGCUUUUUUAUUUUGCUAAAACAGAAACAAGUUAGGUGAAUGGAGUAUGAAUCGUGUAAAUGUUGUGACUUUGCUGGAAGAACGGUCAUUAAAGAUUCAGAUUUCUGACUAAA